CAGUUCACUUUCGUCUGUCUCUAUGUUAAGUCAUCCGGCGUCUGCCGACUUGCGGGUCUACACGAAAGGGUGCGCGCGUGAAAAGUUGAAAACUUGAACUUUAACACGUUUUGUCGUUGGUGUUCAUUGACUAAAAUGCUGCGAUCUUUACUUAUAAUCAUUAAAUAAAGCGGUGAUAAACUGUUUAGCAGCCCACAAUAAAGAGUUGCUGUUUGUGAGAUCAUUAGUGAUAAAAGAGCGUGCAAACCAACUUCGUUUCAAAAUGAAGAUUUUAAUUGCAAACACGCUGUUAAUGUGCCUUAUUUAUGUGAAUAAUGUCAAGGCUCAAUCAAGUGUCUCAAAUUCUAGUGAAAGUAGUAGUGUCGCUUCAUUUGGAAACCUUAUUAUUCUGGGCGAAAUUCUGGACGUGUUUGACAUUCGUAAUGUUGGAGCAAAUUGGAGUAGUAUCAGCAAACGAUUGACAAACAGCUGCUCAACUGAAAUGGAGUACUAUUUGCGAGGAUUACAAGCUGGAAAAAUUUGGGCUGUUAAAAUGGACGACUCAUCAGGAAAAUAUAACCAAGGAUAUUUUUGGGGCAACAACUACUGGACUGGAUCAAUAACGCAGUGCUCUUUUAUAUAUCGGAAAAAUACUAACAACAAGAACAUAACGAAGAUCAACAAAAACACCGAUUUGACUUACAUAAAUGGGAACUUUCUCGGAGCGUCAGAAAUGAUGCACGAAAAUCCUCCAUUCAUACCAGGAUUUUACAUGCUAAAAGUAUUGUUAAAUAACACACAUACGUUAGGACCGCCUAGGACUGUGCUGAUGGGAUUAUGUCUACCCGGAUCCUGCCAACUGAACGACGUCGUAGAGAUGACUCAGAAAGCUGAACCCCCAACGAAAAACUUUCAAGUUAUAGGCGUGAGAUCGCCUACAUUGAAUAAUUUUUCCUUAUGGAAAGACUUCACGUUCCAGAUACUAUUCUCAGCUACAAUCAUUGUCACACUGCUACUGAUUGGAGGAACUGGGUACGAUUUAGUACUGAGAAAGAGGUAUGCAGAUAAAAUGAGAAUGAAGAAAUAUUCAAAGGAUCUCAACUCCGAAUCCUCUUCUGGUCUGGGAUGUACAACGUAUGACCUCACACAAGGUCUUCCGGACAAAGCAAACAAGGCAAAUUGUACUGCUUUCGGCAUACCUACUGGAGUGAAUAACAAUAACUCUGAUGAAAAUUUAGCAAUUGAGCCAACCCCAGCUGACGAUGAGAAACUUGGCGUUUGUGCUGAGCUGCUGUUGUCGUUUUCUGUGGUUACCAACUUCCAGGCGAUCUGUGAUAAGAAUGUUGGAAAUGAUACGAUUCCAUCCAUCCAUGGGUUACGAGCGAUUUCAAUGUUGUGGGUUAUUUUAGGGCACACAAUGAUUGUUGUCUUCAAAUACUCUGAUAACAUGGAGCUACGAAAAGUUGUCGAAAAGGAAGUAUUGUUCCAAGCCAUCCUUAAUGGCGCGUACAGCGUGGACACUUUCUUUUUCAUCAGUGGAUUUUUAGUAUCCUAUAUAUAUUUCCGCACUAAUGCCAAAGGGAAACUAGAAAAACUCACUCAAGGCGUCAAUGAGUUCACAGCUGGUACUUAUCAUUUCUUUGGAUUAGUAGGAUACCGAUUUGUGAGGUUAACUGCACCCUACCUUUAUGUCCUUGGAGUUGUAGAAGUCGUUAUGAGAUAUUUGGAACAAAAUUCUGUCUUUGAACCCCCUACGCAGGACCACAUAAACUGUCCCAAAUAUUGGUGGAGAAAUAUCAUGUAUGUCAAUACAUUUUUUCCUGUAGAGCAAAUGUGCAUGCUCUGGAGUUGGUAUCUAGCCGAUGAUACGCAGUUUUACAUAAUUGGAGCUGUCAUUCUGAUAAUUGCGGUUAGACAUUUCAAGUUUGCUGCUGGCAUGCUGACAGUCUUUAUGGUUUCUUCGUGGGCGACCACGGCAUAUAUAGCAUUCUCGAAUAAUCACAUGCCAAAUGCUGAUGAUCCUUUUGCACUGUUUGAUAAGAUUUAUGACAAACCAUGGACUCGGUUAGGUCCCUAUUUAGUAGGCAUGUGCGUUGGAUGGAUACUGUUCAAAACCAACUGUAAAAUAAAAAUGUCCAAGCUUGUUGUGAUUUCAGGAUGGACUGCAUCGGUAGUCAUGAUGUUAUAUUUACUGUUUGGUUUGUUUAAUACGACACUAACUCAACUAGCAGCAGCGGCAUACAGUUCACUCAGUCAUACAGCGUGGGCUAUGUCUUGUGCCUGGGUCAUCAUUGCCUGUUCGACAGGUCACGGUGGAUGGGUGAAUAAUCUUCUAUCUGCACCACUUCUAUAUCCAUUUUCUAGGGUAACGUACUGUGCGUACUUAGUGCAUCCAAUAGUGAAUAGGAUAUAUGCCAUGGAAUCUGAUUCACCUAUUCACAUGUCGCCGAACAGCUUAACAACCUUAUAUCUAGGACAAGUAGUGUCAUCUUACGUAUUAGCAUUUUUGAUUUCGUUAUCGUUCGAAGCACCUGUGGUUACGAUGCUAAGAAUAUUAUCACCUAACAGGAAGAGACAGAUAUAACACCCACAUUGAAAAUAUUUUCUAAGAUAUGCUUUUCACAUCCCUCUCACUCAUCAAUCCUUGUUUGUAUUCAAAUAUUUAUGUGCAACAUUCCUAUGCUAGGUAAAUAGAGAUUAGGUGCAUAUACUAAAGGUGAACAAAAGUUGAGUAGAUAGUUAACUAAGCGCCUCUGUGUUCUGAAUUUUCUUGUUAUGCGAAUCCAAGCGAAUCUAAGAGAGAUAUCGAAAAAUGCUCAAUGAUUGAAUAAGUAUUUGUAAGCACACACACAAUGACAUUUGACUGAUGCUAUUAAAUUAUAUGACGAAACAAAACAAAAAUAAAUGAACAAACGACAA